CAGCCUCGAAUUCCCACCUGUGAUGUAAAUUGCAGCCUCACCACAUCUGAUGUUGUUGCACCAAAUUUUGUUUUCUGUGCAUAAGCCACUAAUCUGUGAAUCCUUACAAACUGCACCUUCUCAUUCUCUGUGGAGCACAGAAAUGAAUAUAUAAGAGUUCAGUGUAUGCUCUUACCUGUGGGAGUCUGUAAACUGUUCCUGAAGAAUGGACAUAGAAUACUUGCUGUGGUUGCACUGAUGUAACAUGAUGAAUCAACUAACUGGCGAUGACAUGAUGGAAUUCACGUUUUCUCAAGAAAAGCUGCGGAUCUUGGAUCAGUACCGUUGACGAUAUCUCCUGAUUGCAACACCCAAAGCAGGGUCCUGUAACGAAUUUGUCACAAGAAGCAUAAAAUGGAUCUCAAAGAGAGCUGCCCAAGCGUUAGCAUUCCCAGCUCUGAUGAACACAGAGAGAAGAAAAAGAGAUUUACUGUUUACAAAGUGUUGGUCUCUGUUGGCAGAAAUGAGUGGUUUGUCUUUCGACGGUAUGCAGAGUUUGAUAAACUCUACAAUACGCUAAAGAAGCAAUUUCCCACCAUGAACCUGAAGAUUCCAGCUAAAAGAAUAUUUGGAGAUAAUUUUGAUCCUGAUUUUAUUAAACAGAGAAGAGCAGGACUGAAUGAAUUCAUUCAAAAUUUAGUUAGACAGCCAGAGCUAUGCAACCAGUAAGUAGUUUCAUUUCUGUUUUAUAAGGGCUGUUGAAAAGACAUGAGAUGAAAAGAUAUAUUAAAUACAAAAUUGAAAAUUAGUUAUUUAACCAUAAAGUGUAUUUUAACUGUUCAGAGCUCUUCAGUAUAAAAAAACCAAACUUUAUAUU